CCAUUAUGUUAUGAUUGAAUUUAAUUGAAUUUCAAGUCAAGAUCAACGUAUCAAGUACAUAAAACACUGGGACGUCGUUGUUGAACUAUUUAGAGGUCCUGUCUGGCCUCUGGACAGGUUCUGCUUAUUUUAAUGGAGCUAUGGAGACGACUAAUCAAACUCAUUUAGGCUUAAAUAUUAGUGACUUGAUUGAUGUUAUUGACUUAUUAAAUAAGUGUGGCUUUCAAGGAACAAAGUGGCAAGAGUUGGGACUGAGGCUAGGGCUACUGAAAGAUACACUGGAAGCCAUUGAAAUGAAGCACCAUGGAGACGUGUAUCACUGUAUGACUGAAUCACUCUCCCAUUGGCUACGUAGAGCUGAUAAUGUUGACAGUAGAGGAGGAGCCAACUUGGACUCACUGUCAGAUGCUCUACAAUCAAUGAACAAGACUGCUGUCGCUGAGAAGUUAAAACAUCAUGUCUUUCUUAAUAUCCUUAAAAAUCGUUAUACUGUCCUCUUUCAGUCUCUUUGUGAUUCUGUUAGCAUUGCUUGGUCACUUUAUGCUGAACGUAUGUUAACACAAGAAGCAGUUAGUAGAGUGGUGUCAGCUAGUCCCUCUAUUCCUAAUCAACGUGAGGCUUUAUUAACUGCUGUCAGAGAAGCUGUCCACACUGAUUCUAACAGUUUACGUACAUUUGCUAAUGUAUUGUGUACAAUAAGUACUAAUGUAUCACUAGGACAAGCUCUACUGGAUGAUAUCAGUAAGUAUUUUCCUAUUCCUGAAGUAGCUGUGGUUCCUGAGACUAUUAAAGAUAGUGAUUUACUUGUAGCUCCACAAGACACAUCUUCUGAUAGUGAAGCUGCUAGUAAUUCCUUCUCCCAACCUUUAUCACCUCAAGUUGAAGUACAUGUUCCUGUGUCAAAAGGCUUACUGGCAGACUUCACCUCGAUGAGAAUGUCUUAUGGAAGAAUGUUUUACAAUGUUGGCAAGAUUAUUAAACAAAAAUCUCUUUCGUUAGAAGAAAUAAAGGAAUUUUUGUCUUGUUGUAGCACAGUUCUUGGUAAUAAAGUUGAGCAAUGUUCUGACAUUUCUAGUGUCUUGCGUCUUAUUCGUAAUGAGUGUUCACUGACUGAUAUUGAGCUCCUUCAUACUGUAGUGGAAGAAAUGGAUAUUACUGAAGCUGCAAGAUACAUCGAGGUGUAUAGAACAGAGCUAAAGGAAUUCUGCAAGUCACUUUCCAUUAGUCUUUGUUUGAAGGAAAGAUUUUCUUCCAUUCCUCAUCUUCAAUGCGAAACAGUUACUUUAAUUUUUGACUGGGAGCCCGAGGAACAUGUGCUGAAGGAUAUUAAGGAUAUACUAUCAAAAGUAUCCGGUAAACUACUGAUUAUUAAGUAUAUUGAAACCUCCACUUCAAUAUCUGUCACUUGCACCUUUCCUUUCUCUGAUGUUGGGUUUACUGUAUUGAGAAUGAUAGAGAAUAUUCAUAUACUAAUGGGACAAGGAUUAAAGAAACUGACUAUUGGUAACUUAGCAUUAUGGAGGAGACAAGAUGUUAGAAAAAAGGAACUAAAGGAAAAGGAUCAAGACUUACUGCAAAAUACAGAGGUUAUUUCUCAUAUUAUACUUAAAGAAGUUGAAUAUAGACUAAGAGAUGCUGUCAGUAGUCAAGAGAAGAAAACAAUUGAAUUGAAACAAGAAAUAUCAAUGAUGACAGUUUCAACAGUACCUGAGGAAGCAUCAUUGUAUGUCCAGAGUGAUAAAGAGUGCACUGUAUUGAGGUCUCAGUUUAAUGAGAGAAAAGAAGAAAACCAAGAAUUGUCAGAAAAACUAUCAAAAAUGAAGAUUGAUUAUUUGAGAACACUUUCUAGUAAUACUGGCUCAGCUGCUAGCAAACUAAGAAGAGGAAUGGCUCUUGAAAUUGAUGACUGCAAAUUUUGUUUUGAAGCCAUGAAAACUCCACACUAUCAGCCAUUGGUAGAUAAUGAAAAAAUAAUAGAGAAUUUACAAGAAAGAAUAACAUUAAUGAAUAUGCAGCUAAUUACUAAAAGAGAAGACAAUGAGAAGAUUAUCAAAGUUAUCAAAGAUUUGAAAAAGGUUGAUCAGAGACUGAAAGAAAAGGAACAGGAUAUUGAAAAAGAAAUGAAAAUAAAAUUCAUAUUAUCUUGUAAUCAUCCUGUUACUGGUAAAUUAACAAAUUCAUUCCUUAAAAUACAUAAAGAUGAACUACUACCCAUAGUACUGGAUAAAGCUUACAAGUUAAUGAAAUUAGCUCCUCAUAUUCCUAUUAAGAGAUGUCGUUUAGUGAAAUAUGAUUAUUCUUUUGAUGUAAUGGAACAGUCCUUUGAUAUUGAUGAAUUUCAGCAUCAAACUAUUCUACAGCUUAUGGGUAUGGAUGGGUAUUAUGAUUUAUUCUUAGAAACUCGUAAAGAAACAGAAACAUUUAAAAAAUACAAUAAUGGAGGCAUUAAAUUAAAGAUAUCAGUGGUUGAUGUGUCCACUGGUGAAGUAGGACCAGUUAAACCAAUGAGAGGUGAAAUGGGCUGGACUAUUGAGGAAUUAAAACAGUAUAUUGGUGAAGUAUUUGAUCUUAAUUCAUCUUGUAUGAGAUUAGUACAGGUGUAUGGUUAUCAGGACAUUACUUCAAUUUGUGAAGUUACAUGUAGAAAAUUAAAAAGUACUAUUGAGAAUAUACUCCAUGGAAACAGAUCUAGUUCUUACAGACAAUUUUAUGUAUCAUCAGAUCCUGAAGAUUGUGAAAAAGAAUUUGAAGAUAGUUUGAUGUACAAAUAUGUUGAUUAUUACAUCAACUGGGUACAACUAAACAUAACAUUACCUCCACAACCUGAAGUCACUUCCACUACAAGUAAUAGGAGAGAAGGAGAAAUAAUAAUGAAGAUUGUAUCAAUGAAUGAAGAAAAGAAAGGAAAAGAAAGAAAGGUACUGGUAGAAGUUGACAGGAGAAUAACAUUAGCUCAAUUGAAAGAGGAGCUUGUUCCACUGAUUGGUGUACCACCUACUGGUUUCAUAGUGUAUAGAAUCAGUGGUUUUAAAGCAAAUGAAAUGAAGGAGCUGGAUGGAACAUUAAAAGAUAUUACAUCUGGAUCAGAGUUGAUAGUAAGACUACUUGUAGGUAGACCAGCACAAGAAGGAGGCUACUGCAAAAUUAAAUUAUAUUUAUUGCAAGUUAACAAUACAGAGUUUUGUAAUUUUAUGAUGGAGUCUAUUGUUCCUAAGAAUACACCAGUAAGAGAAUUUAAGAAACGAAUUAUUGAAGAAGUAAAAGUACAAGGAAUUGACUGUAUUCUUGAAUUAGACAAAAUGAGAUUACGGGAGAAGUGGGGAGUGUCCGCCCGUGUCCUAUAUCUUGAUGAUCAGUUGAUUCAUGCUAGCAGGAGCAUAUAUGUGGAACUAUUGAAACGGCCAGAGAAGAAGUAUGGUAGACAAAGACAGGUGUAUGUUAUUAGGUGGCGUCCAUCACAAUGUUCAGUUGAUCCAACAGAAGAAAUUAUAGUGGAUAAUAAUUAUGAUUCUAAGCAUGUUAUUGAAAAGCUGUCAGACUUGAGUGGAAUUUCUGCUGAGUAUAUCACUUAUGCAAAGAGUACAUCAUUCCCAACUAAAAUAUCUUGUCUUAACAUUGAAAAUCAUUUGGAAUGGAGAUAUUCACUCAGACUGAAGCAGCACCUUUUAUUAUAUGAUGGAUGUGUCAUAUAUUACAAAGACAACAGAGAGAAGAUGAAAGAGCUAACAGAUAAAGAGAUAUCAGAAAUACAAGAAGCUGAAGAAGCAAGGUUAAAGAAAAUUAGAGAAUACACAUUAUGAACAUGACCAUUGAUUCUCAGAAUGGAUUGGCUUGAUUUUGGUGUCAUAUUAAUUUUUGUUUUUUUAAUAUGAAAUUUAAAGAUAUUGAGCUCCACAAAAA